AUGACGCUCAGAACGAUUAGGGCUGCGCAUCGCACAGGUGUUGUUGACCUUACAAGAGAUGGUCUGAGCGAUGAAGGCAUCGAGGCGUCUCCGCAAAGUGAGACCAAGCGCCAAAGACCUGCGCGGUCGCGCCGCCCUGAGCUUUUGGUGAAGGAUCUGAGCCUAGCCGAUGACGUUGAGCAUAUAGACAUCGCUAACAUAAUUGGUCACCCACUCCCAGCCGCACUGAAGCAGCCGAUUGAGAUCCAUGACGGAGGUAUUGUACCUUACCGGCCUAGCAUCCGUGGUCCGCAAGACCUAUACCGCAUAACGUGUGUUCAGGGCAAGCACGGUCAGCUUGACAUCGAAGUGGAGCUCGUGGACACAGAUGGAUCCCGCCAGUCCAGGCACGCCGGCUGUGGCGUAGCCCUUACAGACGGAGACGAUUGGCGUGGCGAAGCCGUCCCUCUGGGCGUGAAGACGCCAAGUGAAGCUGAGGAGCAUGGACUGAUGCACGGUUUGUACAUGAUGCGCAGGUAUCUCGACACUGAUGUGGAGCACAUUGUGUUCCGCACUGACUCCUCGGGUACUUUAAGCUCUCUUGCUCGCUGCAUGGAAGGUGAAGCGAGGAGCGAAUGGACAAACACUGAAACGGUCCGCUUUCGCAACGAGCUUUUCAGCAUGUAUGCUUACUUGAAAAGGAAGGACUUCCAGUGGGUCAAAGCUCAUCACUUUUGCGAUGGAAAUGCGGUGCCGGAUUACUUUGCUGGUCAUGCCUCGAAUCAGUCUCAAGGGGGUGCGCCAUCGCUCGUGCCUAUCGUUUGCCCGAACGAUAGCAUAACUCUCGUCCACCUUAGGCAAGCAGAGAUGCUGGCGCAAGGUAAGAGGCUACGUCUCACAGGUGACGAAGCGGAGAAUCCUUUCGACGUUGAUGGCGCCACACUCGCUAGCGCCGGGCUUCGAACUGUGCGGCUGCGGCUCACAGAGGGCGAAAUGGACAAACCGUUCGACGUCGACGGACCUAUAACCCCUGGCGCAGGGCUUCGGACGGUGCCCAACAGGCUUACACUCAAGCGGAAGAGAGGACAGGACACGGAAGACAUUGCCAGUCCCCUUCCCGCUGAAACACUAGAGGAUGCUCGGUCAAGGUACUUUCAGCAUCUUGUCGCUCCUCAAGGCCGUAAGGUGGGGGCCCGGCCAAGAUUGAUCGAAGACACAGCACUACGGCCUACCGGCACUAGGGCGAAAGGCAAAGCCCUGGAGAUGGGGUCCUCGCGGCGUCGUUUUCAGAUAAUCAACCGCGCAUGCACUCCAAUUUCUGGAACAGCCUCCGCGGUUUCGCUUUGCUGUGGAGCGGUUCGUCCGCAACAAUGCCGACGAGAUCGAGUGUGA